CCGGUUGACGUGUCUGCCGAAGCCGGAAGUAGCCGCCGAGAAGGCUCGGAGCGUGGGGGCCGCGGGGUUUUGUUUUGUUUUCGCUUCCCCUCCGUCCUCGUCUGAGUCGCUAUGGCGGUCGCGCGGCUGUUGCUGCUUUCCGCACUGCAGGCGGUUCUUCCGCCCUUCGCCUCCUCUUUCUACUUGCCCGGCCUGGCUCCCGUUAAUUUCUGCGAGAAGCCGAAUAAGGUCUUUGAGUGCAAGUCUGUGAUAGAACUAUUUGUGAAUAGACUGGAUUCUGUGGAAUCAGUCCUUCCUUACGAAUAUACUGCAUUUGAUUUUUGCCAAGCAGAGGGAGGAAAACGACCUUCUGAAAACCUUGGUCAAGUAUUGUUUGGUGAGAGGAUUGAACCAUCUCCCUACAAGUUUAUCUUUAACCAAAAAGAGACUUGCAGACAUGUUUGUACAAAGGAAUAUGAUCUUAAUAAACCUGAACAAAGGCAAAAAUUACAAUUUCUGAAAAAAAGUAUGCUGUUAAACUAUCAGCAUCAUUGGAUUGUGGAUAAUAUGCCAGUAACGUGGUGUUAUGAGGUUGAGGACAAUCAGAAAUUUUGCAAUCCUGGAUUUCCCAUUGGUUGCUAUGUUACAAAAGAUGGACAUGCCAGAGGUGCCUGUGUUAUAAGUUCAGAAUUCCAUGAUUCAGAUACUUUCUAUAUAUUCAACCAUGUGGAUAUUAAAAUAGUUUAUCAUGUUGUGGAAAAUGAAAUACCAAGGGCGAGACUUGUAGCUGCUAAACUUGAACCAAAAAGUUUCAGGCACACAAAUAUUGACAAACCAGACUGCUCAGGACUACCUAUGGAUUUAAGGAACACUGUUACUGAUGGAAUUGUUAAAAUUGCUUAUACAUAUUCAGUUAGUUUUGAGGAAAAUAAAGAAAUCAGGUGGGCAUCCAGAUGGGAUUACAUUUUAGAAUCCAUGUCCCAUACGCACAUACAGUGGUUCAGUAUAAUGAAUUCGCUUGUGAUUGUCCUUUUCCUCUCUGGAAUGGUAGCUAUGAUUAUGCUAAGAACUCUGCAUAAGGACAUUGCAAGAUAUAACCAAAUGGAUUCUACAGAAGAUGCACAGGAGGAAUUUGGCUGGAAAUUGGUUCACGGUGACAUAUUUAGACCCCCACGAAAAGGAAUGCUGCUUUCUGUCUUUCUGGGUUCUGGAACUCAGAUUUUAAUUAUGACAUUUGUUACAUUAUUCUUUGCUUGUCUGGGAUUUUUAUCCCCUGCAAAUCGAGGUGCAUUAAUGACUUGUGCCGUGGUCCUGUGGGUGCUUCUUGGAACUCCGGCAGGUUACGUUGCUGCCAGGUUCUACAAAUCUUUCGGGGGAGAGAAAUGGAAGACAAAUGUUCUCCUAACAUCUUUCCUUUGCCCUGGCAUUGUGUUUGCAGAUUUCUUCAUCAUGAAUCUCAUUCUUUGGGGAGAAGGGUCCUCAGCAGCCAUUCCAUUCGGCACUUUGGUUGCUGUUCUGGCACUUUGGUUUUGCAUAUCAGUACCACUGACUUUCAUUGGGGCCUACUUUGGUUUUACAAAGAAUGCCAUAGAACAUCCAGUCCGUACGAACCAGAUUCCUCGCCAGAUUCCAGAACAAUCAUUUUAUACAAAACCACUUCCUGGGAUUGUUAUGGGAGGCAUUCUGCCCUUUGGAUGCAUCUUCAUACAACUUUUUUUCAUUCUUAAUAGCAUAUGGUCUCAUCAGAUGUAUUACAUGUUUGGCUUCUUGUUUCUGGUGUUCAUUAUUUUGGUUAUUACAUGUUCUGAGGCUACUAUUCUACUUUGCUAUUUCCAUUUAUGUGCAGAGGACUACCACUGGCAGUGGCGCUCCUUUCUUACGAGUGGUUUUACUGCUGUUUAUUUUCUAAUAUAUGCAGUGCAUUACUUCUUUUCUAAGCUUCAGAUUACGGGUACAGCAAGCACCAUUUUGUACUUUGGCUACACCAUGAUAAUGGUCCUGAUCUUCUUCCUUUUUACAGGAACAAUUGGAUUUUUCGCUUGCUUUUGGUUUGUGACCAAGAUAUACAGUGUGGUAAAAGUUGAUUGAAGAUACUCAAUGCAGAAACUAUCAACCUAAUUUAAGUACAUGAUUUUGGAAAAGAAUGUAAGCUUUAUCUAAAGUACUGAUUUAGUACUUUCUGAAUGAUAAAUAUACAUUUUCUCUCAUUCAAAUAUUUGUAUUGUAAUUUUGCAAUCUGUUUUCACUUUGUAUUCUUAAUGAAGACUGAAUAUAAAUGUAUGCAUUUGUAAAUAUUGUUAUAUUGGGACUUUUAAAUUCUAAUGACUGGUUAUAAGUGCUGCCUUGCAGGAUUUAAUAAUUCUUCUGAAAGAAUAGUUGUAAAUAAAGUUUUCUAGGUUUGCUGAGUGGGAUUGAUUAUUUUUUCAAAGCAAAGAACUUAUUUCUAUCAUGCUUCUGAAGGUUUACUCAGUGUAUUUGCUUGUAGUUUGAAUGUUUUUGUUUCACAUGAAGCCAUGGCCAUAAAUCUAUCUCCUCCCCCCCCCCCCAAUUCUGUUUGGUUCUAAUGGUGUUGUUUUGAGACUCUGCGCCUCCCAAGUUCUGCAACCUAAACAAUUCAUAAUAAAUGAGCUAUGUUCCGUUGAUUAUUACCCAUUAUAAAUAAAUGCAUAAAAUCCUGUAAAUAGAAAUAUAUUGGUAAGUUUUAAAUAUGUAGAUUGGGUUAUGUUUUUGAGUAAAUCAUGCUACAUAAAUGUAAUAUUCACUAGUUAAAAAUAACAUUUCAUAACUAUACUAUAGUCUCUCUCUUAAUCCUCUACAUAACUAAAUUAAGGGACUGGAUAAUAUGAUGAAAAAAUCUGCAUAAAUAGAAACAAGAUGUAUUACCAAUUGUGUUCCCUGCAGAUUGUAAUGAUACAUAUUAUGCAGAAUGGAUUAUGGAUUUGUUUUUUUUAAAUAGAACUAUUUGCUUCAAGUAAAGAAGUAAAUUUGUUAGAUGAAUUAAAAUUAAUCCACUUGCAUCUCUGAAAAUUGCAGUGGAAACAUGUUUACUGUAUUGAGUUGUUUGAGUUGAGCAAGUUACCUGUUAAUAAUCUCUGCAUGUUUUCUGGAAAAACACACCUGUUGCCAUGUAAUUGCAUGUUUCAACAGAUGACCCUAAGGUUUUUUUUCCUAGUAUUUCUAAAGAGUAUAAACUGAUGUGUGAAUAUUAAAAUCCAAUAAAAUAUCUUUUGUUAAUAA